AUGGGUGUCACAUUUUCGUCCAUGUUCUCCAAGUUGGCGUUUUGGAACAAGAACGAAGAGGUCAGAAUAUUGAUGCUGGGUCUCGACAGCGCCGGUAAGACGACCAUCUUGUACCGGCUGCAGAUCGGAGAGGUGGUCUCCACGAUCCCCACCAUCGGCUUCAACGUAGAAACCGUCUCUUACAAGAACAUCAAGUUCCAAGUCUGGGAUCUUGGCGGACAGACAUCGAUUCGACCAUACUGGAGAUGCUACUACGCCAACACGUCGGCAAUCAUUUAUGUGAUUGAUGCUUCGGACACAGACAGAUUGGGCACAGCAAAGGCAGAACUGCUCGCCAUGCUUUCAGAGGAAGAGCUCAAAGACUCGAAGCUCCUGGUGUUUGCCAACAAGCAAGAUCUGCCUGGUGCGUUGGACGAGGGACAGGUGAGCGAGAAGCUCGGGCUGAGCGAACUCAAGGACCGUCAAUGGUCGAUACACAAGUGCUGCGCAACAAAAGGGGAAGGUCUUGAAGAAGGUCUUGACUGGCUCGUCAACACAUUACAAUCCAAGUAA